CCUUUCACUCCUUUCCUUUCUUUCAACAUUCAGGGUUUUCUCCUGCUCUGUUUUUCUAGGAGAUGGCGAAGCUUCCUAAUGUGUUCUCUUUGAGGCACUUGCUGGUGCUGUCCCUCGCUUUGAAUGUGAGCUUCAUACUGAGAUUGUUAUUUGAAGGUGAAGAAGGCCAUGAUCACUGUUCUUGUUUGAGAAAGGAAAGACGGGCCAAGAUUGCUAGAGCUGAUUCUAACACAGAGACAGGGGAGCAGAGUAUCAAAGAAUCACGUGUUGCUGUAUCAUCAUCCACUUCAUCUUUGGCUAAUUCUACAUGCAAAGAUCAUCCUGGAGGCAGGAAUAGAGUUAUCAAUCUCGACCAUGGAGAUCCGACAAUGUAUGAGAGAUUUUGGCGACAAACGGGUGAGAAGACCACGAUCACAAUUCAUGGAUGGCAAUCAAUGAGCUAUUUCUCUGAUGCUUCCAACAUAUGCUGGUUUCUGGAGGCAGAGUUUGCGAAGGAGGUGGUGAGGUUGCACAGAGUUGUUGGGAAUGCAGUAACAGAAGGGCAUCACGUUGUUGUUGGGACAGGUUCGUCUCAACUUUUUCUGGCGGCUCUCUAUGCUCUGUCUCCGCCAGAUGCGCUUCAACCCAUCAGCGUUGUCUGCGCCUCACCAUACUACUCGUCGUAUCCAUCAAUGACGGAUUACCUGAAAUCAGGGCUAUACAAAUGGGGUGGUGAUGCAGAAAGCUUUGACAGCAGAGAUGGUCCCUACAUUGAAUUGGUUACUUCUCCCAACAAUCCUGAUGGACAUGUCAGAAGAUCCAUGGUGAACCGAAGCCAUGGCGUUCUGGUUCAUGACCUUGCAUAUUACUGGCCCCAAUACACUCCAAUAUCUUCGCCUGCAGAUCAUGAUCUCAUGCUUUUCACUGUCUCAAAGACCACUGGUCAUGCAGGAAUGCGCAUAGGGUGGGCUCUGGUCAAAGACAAAGAGGUAGCAAAGAAAAUGACCAAAUUCAUAGAGCUCAACACAAUAGGAGUCUCCAAGGAUUCACAACUCAGGGCUGCUAAGGUUCUAAGGACAGUUUCUGACAGCUGUGAGCAUGGAAACUCUCAAGAGGUUGAGUCAUUCUUCAAUUUUAGUCACAAGCUCAUGUCAAACAGGUGGAAGCAAUUGAGAAUAGUAGUGAAGCACAGUGGAUUGUUCAGUUUGCCCAAAUUUUCCCCUGCAUUCUGCUCCUUUUUCAAUCAGGUGUCGGAGCCUCAACCAGCUUUUGUGUGGCUAAAGUGUGAGGGAAAUGUGGAAGACUGCGAAGGCUUCCUUCGAGAACACAACAUUUUAACGAGAAGUGGAAGACAUUUUGGGGUUAGCCCAAAAUAUGUAAGAGUUAGCAUGUUGGAUACUGAUGAAAAUUUUGUGCACUUUCUAGAUAGACUCUCUGCCAUUAAAUCUCAAUAGUGGAAGUUUGCUGCUGGUAAUGUAUGUAUAAUAAAAGGUGUUACUUAGGAUAUAUAUUGGCAUCUAUGUAGAUAUGUGUGAAGUAACAUCUCAUUUUCCCCUCCAAUAAUUUAAUUUAAUACGUUAUUAUUAUUA